CUCUCUAAGCUGAAUUUCAUCAUCAUCUCUCUCGAACAGUUUGAGGCACAGAUUAUCGAUCAAAUGGAACAUCCUGUAAUAGAAUCAACAGAUCUUAAGAUGACAUCGGGAUCAUCAUCAGCAAGGAUGCCGUCAUGGAAAGAGAGGGAGAAUAACAAGAAGAGAGAGAGGCGCCGUCGAGCAAUAGCUGGGAAGAUCUUUCAUGGACUUCGGAUGUACGGAAACUACAGGUUGCCCAAACAUUGCGAUAAUAAUGAAGUGCUCAAAGCCUUGUGUGAUGAAGCUGGUUGGACUGUCGAGCUCGAUGGCACCACUUAUCGUAAGGGAUGCAAGCCUCCAAAAAGAAUGGAUAUUAAUGGUGGAACAACUUCAAUAAGUCCUUCUUCAUCUUUUCAACCAAGUCCAACUUCACCAUCUUCAUACGUCCCACCACCUCUCCCAAAUGGAACCGGAUCCCUGAUUCCAUGGCUAAAGAACCUAUCUUCCUCUAACAAGUUUCCCCAUAUCAACAUCCAUGGUGGCUCCAUUAGUGCACCCGUCACUUCUCCAUUGAACUCACCAAGAAUCAUGACAAAUAAUUGGGACCAGACUUCCUUCCUUGUUCACUCUUCAACCCCACCAAGUCCUACCCGCGUUACUCAGAUUCUACCCAAUUCAGAUAAUUGGUUAUCUGGGGUUCAACCAAUUUCUCCUACAUUCAGCUUUGUUUCUUCUAACCCGUUUGAAUUCAAAGAUGCCGUGAAUGUUGGUAGUGGGUCUGGGCGAAUGUGGACGCCAGCUGGUCAGAGUGGGACUUGCUCUCCGGUUGUUCAUGCUUCUGAUGUUAGGAUGGCGGAUGUGAUUUCGGAUGAGUUUGCAUUUGGAUGUAACAUGAAGGGUGUGGGUGUGGGUGUGGGUCAUGAUGGGUUGGUGAAACCGUGGGAAGGGGAGAUGAUUCAUGAGGAAUGUGGUUCGGAUGAUCUUGAGCUUACGCUUGGAUUCUCCAAAACGAGAUGAUAUGGACUCAUAAUCAACAUGUGAAUGAUCCAACUAUUUGUCAUUACUAUGUCAGGUAUUCAUCUAACCCAUUCUAUAUAACCCAUGAAAUGAUAACUUGAUAAUUUGUUUGAUUAUUUUCUCAUCAGAUAGAUGAUGAUCAGCACGUGAAUGGUCCACAACUAUUUUAGUACUAUAUAAGUCAACCAAAAGAAAAGAAAUGAAAGUUGUAAUCUUUUAUUUUAAUUAAGUGAAAUGUGUAAAACUUACAAGUUAAGGGGGAUUUUGAGUAG